CUGGGGGUGGGGGUGGGGAGCCAAGGGGACAGGCUGGCCUUUUCUCACCACCCCAUCCAUCAGCCCACCCACCCUCCCCAAAGCAGGCAAGGGGGUAGGCCAGCGCUCUUAAGCCCCGGGGGAACAGCCUGCAGGGAGGGUGGCCUGUGCCAGGAGAUGGGGGGCGGUGGCGGCCACAGCAGAGGCUCCAGGAGGUGACCGCCUGGUUUCCAUUAGGAAGCCCUGGUCGGCAGUUCGGGCAAGACAGCUGAACUGGGGCUGGCUAUGCGGCUGAGCCUGCUGCUGCUGCUCCUGCUGCUGCUGGGCCCCCCAACUACCCCCGGCAUGGAGGACCCUGCUUUCCCCCACAUGGGGGAGAGCUCGCAGCCCCUGCCCCGGGCCUGCCCCCCGCGCUGCUCCUGCCCCCGGGCUGACACCGUGGACUGCGAUGGCCUGGACCUGUGGCUGUUCCCCCACAACAUCACCAGGGAGGCUCAGCACCUCUCCCUGCAGAACAACCAGCUGCAGGAGCUCCCCUACAAUGAGCUGUCCCGCCUCAGUGGUCUUCGCACCCUCAACCUGCACAACAAUCUCAUCUCCUCUGAGGGCCUGCCCGACGAGGCCUUUGAGUCCCUCAGCCAGCUGCAGCAUUUCUACGUGGCCCACAAUAAGGUGAGCUCCCCACCCAACUCCCCACCGCACCCCAGCCAGCCACACAGAGGAUGCAGAGAGGGAACAGCAGGGGCUGGAAGGUGCUACCAGGACCAGCACACUGUGCUCCCACAGCUCUCGGUGGCCCCCCAGUUUCUGCCUCGAUCCCUCCGAGUAGCGGAUCUGGCUGCCAACCAAGUGACGGAGAUCUUCCCACUCACCUUUGGGGAGAAGCCGGCGCUCAGGUCCGUGUACCUCCACAACAACCACCUGAGCAACGCCGGCCUGCCCCCCGAUGCCUUCCACGGCUCUGAGGCUGUCACCACCCUUAGCCUCUCCAACAACCGGCUCAGCUACCUGCCGCCCAGCCUGCCACCCUCUCUGGAGCGGCUCCACCUGCAGAACAACCUCAUCUCCAAGGUACCCCGAGGAGCCCUGAGCCGCCAGACCCACCUCCGUGAGCUCUACCUCCAACAUAACCAGCUGACAGACAGUGGCCUGGAUGCCACCACCUUCAGCAAACUGCACCGCCUCGAGUACCUGGACCUGUCCCACAAUCAGCUGGCCGCGGUGCCUGCCGGCCUGCCUCGCACCCUGACUGUGCUGCACCUGGGCCGGAACCGCAUCCAGCAGGUGGAGGCAGCCCGGCUUCGUGGGGCACGGGGACUGCGCUACCUGCUGCUUCAGCACAACCAGCUGGGGGCAGCGGGGCUGCCGGCAGGGGCGCUGCGGCCUCUGCGGGGCCUGCACACGCUGCAUGUCUAUGGGAAUAGGCUGGAGCGUGUGCCCCUGGUGCUGCCCCGCCGCCUGCGGUCCCUGGUGCUGCCCCACAACCGUGUGGCCGCACUGGGUGCCCGAGACUUGGCAGCCACACCACGCCUGGCCGAGCUCAACCUGGCUUACAACCACCUGGUCAGUGCCCGCGUGCACCAUCGGGCCUUCCGCCGGCUGCGUGCCCUACGCAGCCUCGACCUGGCCGGCAACCAGCUGACUCGGGUGCCCUCUGGUCUACCCACUGGCCUGCACACCCUGCGGCUGCAGCGCAACCAGUUGCGGGCCCUAGAGCCCGAGCCGCUGGCCGGCCUGGACCAGCUGCGAGAGCUCAGCCUGGCACAUAACCGACUCCGAGUGGGUGACAUUGAGCCCGGCACCUGGCAUGAGCUGCAGGCCCUCCAGGUGCUGGACCUCAGCCACAACCAGCUGUCCUUCGUGCCCCCCGACCUGCCCGAGGCCCUUGAGGAGCUGCACCUGCAGAGCAACCGCAUCAGCCACGUGGGCCCCGAAGCUUUCCUCAGCACACCCAGCCUACGUGCCCUCUUCCUCAGGGCCAACAGGCUUCACAUGACCAGCAUUGCGCCUGAGGCCUUCCUGGGCCUCCCACACCUGUGCGUGGUGGACACGACGGGUAACCCUGAGCAGGUCCUGAUCCAGCUGCCAUCCGCGGCCCCACGGCAGCCACGGGCAGGGUGCCCCUGACCUAAGGGGUUCUGCUGGGCUGUGGACUAAGGAGACAGUGCCCACCUGGGGCCUCAACCCACCUCUCCCAGGCCUCCGGGCUAAGCCCACCUGACCAGUGCUGGCUAGGAAGCUGGGGCACCUCACACGGAGGGAAGGACCGAGGCAUGCAGCUCACACAUCAGGUGACCCUGCUGGCCAGGUCCCGCACAGAUGGAGACAGCAACAAUAAAGCCUAAUUCUUUCGAGCA